AUGUCGGACGAAGUAUCCCAGUUCCUCGAGCAGGUCGAGCGCCUGCGCGGGCAGCAGAUUGAAGAUGAGGAAAUGCGAGCCCGAGAGCGGGAGGAAUUUCUUGCCGCGAAGCGAGAGCGCCAGGCCAGGAGAGAGGAACGCGCCAGAUCAAUCUCACCGCAGAAAUCAUCACCGGCCAACACUCCGUCUCCCCGCACACUUCGACGCACCGUCAACCUCUCCGAAUCUCUCAGACUCGAUUCUCCUGCUGGCGAGGCUAUUGAGAAGCUACGUGAGAGGCCGGCCGGAUCAGAAAAGCCCCUGGGAACGGAUUCACAGUCCGAUGCAAUGCUGUACUCCACUCCAUCGACGAAAGAGAACGAGGCCCCCGAGGAUCUCGACGCGAAGCGGGGCGAUGCCGCAGCUGCCUCUCGAGCUUCACCACUCGCCUGGCAGCGACGGACGAAUCGAUCCAACAGCCGCCCGCUGAGCGUUUAUGCGGCCCAGAAUGCUGCCCAGAGCGCGACGAGCAAGCCAUUUGCUGAGACCCAAGAGCCCCACGAGCCGCCUUCUCCUACGCAGCCUCUUUCCAAGGAUCAAAUCGCCAAGAGCCUUGCAUCUAAGGACGCAUCGUGGUUCCGUCAAACCGCUGAUCGAGGCGCAGACUCCGCAGCCUAUAGGAAGAACCAGGUUGAAGACGAUGACCGACUCGAUAUGUCCAGUCUCAGCUCACAGCUGCCUGGCAUGACCAGCGAAAACUCGUCCGAACGCCCUGUUUCGCGGGGUAGUGAGAAUGUGUUUAGCAAGCUUUCAGCUCCUUUCACCCUAAACCCACUUGGCUUCGACAAUCCUUCUGCCGAGAAACCGCAGACGGAACCUGUUGCUUCAACGCCUACUGGUCGGUCCUCUCCAGUACGGACGACCUCUCCCACCAAGGGCAUGGGAGGAUUUGUGCAGAGCGCAAUGAUGAAGAGGAGCGAUAGUGUAAAACGAUGGUCUGUUGCUAGCCCGCCUGGAUUGACUCGCCCUGAGAACAUGGCUACGCAUCGUGGUUCCGUUGACAGGACUCUAUCCAGACCGCAGAGCAUGUUUAUUCGCGACCCGACAACGACAACGACAACACCAGGGACAAGUAGAUCAGCUUCUCGACCAUCGUCUCGUCCAGCCUCUCGGCACGGGGGAGAAGAAUCCGCAUUUGAAUCGAGUCCUCGUGAGAGACGCCCAAAGACACCAUCGUCAACGAGUCCGCCCCCGUUCCAAAAAUCUGGGCUUCCUGAUGACGCAUCCCUCCCAGUCAGCCCGUCUAAGACAAUGGAGCCCAGACGCUGGAGUCCUCAAAAAUCGAGUUGGCUUGAGAGUGCGCUUAACAAACCGGAUUCGCCAAAAUUACCUCCUAAGCCAGCUUCUUCACAACAGCCGGCAUGGAUGGUCGAGCUCAAUAAGAACAAGACAGGACGUGGCAACCCCACUCCAGAGCCAGCUCGGCCCUCUCAUAAGCACCAAGUUAGUAUCGAUGGGCUUAUGAGGUCCACGCCAAUGGGGUCGAGGCUGAACCUCAACACAACUGGCCUGGGAGGCAUCUACUCGCCUCCUGGCACGCAAUCGGCAGCCCCAAAUCGUGCAUCAAUGCAAAAUUUCCCUCCAGUGUCGGAGCGACCAAGAUCAAAGUCGAGAGGUGCUGUUGCUGACGCGAAGGAUGAAAUGGCGGUGGAACGACCAAGAUCAAAGUCGAGGGGUGCUUUCGCCGAUGUGAGGGACGAAGUGGCGGAGCGGCCAAGAUCCAAGUCGAGAGGUGCUUUCGCUGAAGCGAGAGACGAAGUGUUGGCGGAACGGCCAAGAUCAAAGUCAAGAGGUGCGCUCGCCGACGUGAGAGACGAAGUGAGAGAAAAGCGAUCAGAAUCUCUCAGUUCGGUGGCCAACCCACUGCCUGCCCGGGUCAAACCUGAAGCUCCCCCGAAGAAGGAUUUGGAUUUCCGCUCCAAUCUGAGGCCACGAGCUGCCGAGGCCCCGGCACCAAAGACGCAGGAACCAGAGUUCAAGGCUGUGUUUGGCACUCUCCGUAGGACUAAAACUCAAAACUUUAAGGCACCGGACGAGCUAAAGGACAACAUUCUCCGGGGCAAGGCGGCUCUCAACGCGACUGACGGCCCACAGAAGUCUACGAUUAGGGAUGAUUUUAAGGACGCUAUACAGAAAAAGAGAGAUGAUUUUAAGAAGGCCCAAUCCGAAGGAAAAGGAAUCGCCGCCAACACGAUUACGAAGCCCAAGCCUCUUCUCCCCGAAGCACUCGCCAUCAGGGCCGAGCUGGGUAAGCCGACAGCCGGGCUCCAGCAAGAUGCCCCCUCGGAGACGCGAACUCCAUCCGGUCAGUCGAUGAAGCCCGAUUCACCAAAACCAAAUCCUCCACAGAGAAAGUCAAGUCAAGUGAACUUGGCUAGGCAGUCUAGCCCAUCAUUGACUCCCACGAAGGACCCCUUAACUGAGAGACCCAGGCUAGACGAUGCGGAGACCGAUACGCAAACGAAGAUCGAACCCUCGCCACACUCCCCCGGACUUUUGAAGAAGAAGAGUGCUCCAUCAAAGCUUGGCGGCCUGGCUGGACGAUUCAACCCUGCGCUUGCCGGCAUGCUGGCACGAGGACCACCUCCCCCAGCACUCAACGGCGGUAACCGAGCCGAAGAGUCGAGACAAGCUGGCGGAGAUCCCCAGCCUUCACAACCAGGCCCUCAGUUGACGCACAUGACUAAAGGUCGAGCGCGCGGUCCCAAGAGAAAGGCCCCAUCUAAUGUGAGCAACGCUACUACCACCUCCACCAAUAUCCCGUCAGAAUUGCCUUUGGCGAACCGGCAACCCGCCGCUGUUGGGAAGCAGAACCUUCCUACACCCUUUGAAGCGAAGAAGCCGGCGCCACUGCCAGCCCAAGAUCGAGUGGCUACAAAGCCUGAUGUACCAAGCAAGCCGAAGCCAAUCGAGCCGAAGAAGAUGGAAGUUGAGAGCCGACCUGCGGAGCAUGUGGCUCCCUUGAACUUUCGUAGACGCAUGACACAGCCUGAGAUCCCGGCGCAGGAAAUAUUGGCACAGCCUGAAGCAGAGUCGCCAAAGAAGCUCGACAUGAAGCGCGUGUCAAAAUUCUUUGAGCAAACCAACAAUACGGCGACAUCUGAACCUCCCAGGCAGCCAAACAAGCUUUCACCUCAGAAGACUGGCACGUGGGAGCCGGUUAAGGCCGCUACCCCUGUAUCUGAGCCUGCCAAGGAGCCAACCAAGUUGACUCAACAGAAGACUGGCGGCGGGUGGUCUCCGGUGAAGAAGGCUGAGCGUUCGCUGCCCGAUCCCCGGUCGUCUACACCGAACGUUGGCGAGACAAAGCCCGCAGUAGUCAAACUUGCUGUGUCGGAGCCAGUGUCUGCUGCUGUAAAAGCCCCAUUACCAGGCCCCAAGCCAUCAGCUUUCAAUAUGCCACCAAAGGAGAUUGAGGCUCGCCCGCUACCUCAGCUACAGGCCGAACCAGUACCGCCAUCACCUGCACGACCGCAAACAGGACACGGUAGCGAUGUAUCAGCCAUUCUCCAUGACUUCUUUGCUCCUCCGUAUAAGCGAAUUCCGUGCGAUAUGGAUCCCGCAGAUAUCCUCACAAAUUACCCGAAAUUUGGUGCAAAGAUUAAGACUUUGUCAUUCCACAUGUUUCAGAUUGAUGGAAGUGGCAAACAGACUAUCGUUCCCGCUCACCGCGAGCGCGUUCUAUUCGAACAAGAGAUGUAUGUUGCCGGACACAACUUCACCAACGAAGCGGGAUGGAAAGUGCGUGAGGUCUACUUCUGGAUUGGUGACGAAGUUGCGGAUGCCGAUGAGGACGUAGCAGAGGCUGUGGCACAGCAAGAAGCAAGGCAAUUGGGCGGUAAGCUCAUUAAGAUUAGGCAAGGCAAAGAGACGUCAGAGUUUUUGCAGGCUCUUGGCGGCGUGGCCACUAUCCGAAGAGGUGGAAGCACCAGAUACGACUCACUCGCUCCGACCAUGCUCUGUGGUCGACGAUACCAGGGCCAAGUGGCAUUUGACGAGGUUGACAUGACUACAGCCAGCCUCUGUGCCGGAUUUGCCUACCUGAUUACCCACUCUGGCAAUUGCUAUCUGUGGAAAGGCAAGGGGAGCGAUGUAGACGAGCUCAGCUGCGCACGUCUCAUUGGUAUGGACUUGACGUUGACUGGGCAGCUGAUUGAAUACGAUGAGGGUAGCGAGCCUGCUUCCUUCUGGGACAUGUUGGAGGGCCAAGCCAAGCCUCAUUCUGCAGACCACUGGAGACUGAAGCCUAGUUAUGGGAAGUAUAACAGUAGACUCUUUUGCUCCGAUGCAGAGUCUAGACAACAGAUCUAUGAGAUCAGCCCAUUUAACCAGGCCGACAUGUCGACAUUCAAUAUCUACGUGCUCGAUGCCUUCUUUGAGAUGUACAUCAUUGUUGGCUCGCAGGCGCAGUCCGAGUAUGCCUCCUUCCGCAACGCCCUCGACUUUGCUCAGGAAUACGCUGUCUUGGCAGCGAGUAUGGAGGAUCGCCCCUUUAUUCCCAUCUCCACUGUUGUGCUUGAGGGCGUGCCUCGCGACUUGAAGCGAGUGUUCCGCAAGUGGACUGACGAGCGAUGUCCGACGCUCUUGCAAGUUCCUUCUGGUGAAUCAGGCCUCAAGAGAGGCCGCAGUCUCAGAGUUGUGCCCCUUACUCAGGCAAUCUUGGCUUUAAAGGAGUAG